UUUUAUACUGUCUGUGUUCUCCCAUGUUUCCUAUUUUAAACAAGAAACCUAGUACUGUAGUAUAUUAAGUGAAACUUAUAUUUUUUGGGGGUUUAUUUUCAUCAGAAAAAUGGCAGCCCCGAUUGCACCUCCAACUCUCGAAAAAGACGAUACGAACCAAAAGUUACACUUCCGCAUGAUAAACGAGCAACAAGUGGAGGAUAUCUGUAUUAACCUUUUCUAUAAGCCGCAUACAAUUACGCUUUUAACCUUAUCUGUGCUCAGUUUGAUGUACUUUGUGUUUGCCAGGGACGAUGCCCACCCUGACAGCAACCUCAGAGUCGGCAUUCUGGUGGUGGUCUCCUUUUUUCUUGUCAUCAGCGUCCUGACGUUCCCUAACGGUCCAUUUACGAGGCCACAUCCAGCCAUAUGGCGUAUGGUUUUUGGUUUGAGUGUUCUUUACUUCUUGUUUCUUGUCUUCCUCCUCUUCCUUAACUGGAGCCAAGUAAAAACUUUCAUGUACUGGUUGGAUCCUAACCUUCGCUAUGCCAGACGGGAGGUUGAUGUCAUGGAAUAUGCUGUGAAUUGUACGGUGAUCACGUGGGACCGCGUCAUGAGCCAUUUUGACAUCUUUGCGUUUGGACAUUUUGUCGGAUGGGCUAUUAAAGCGCUGGUCAUUCGCAACUAUGGCCUCUGCUGGACCAUCAGUAUAACAUGGGAACUCACUGAGUUGUUCUUCAUGCAUCUCCUCCCUAACUUUGCUGAGUGCUGGUGGGACCAGGUGAUCCUGGACAUACUGCUGUGUAAUGGAGGAGGGAUCUGGCUGGGCAUGACCGUGUGCCACUUUCUGGAGAUGCGGACCUACAGCUGGGCCAGCAUCAAGGACAUCCAUACCACCACAGGGAAGAUAAAACGGGCCGUGCUUCAGUUCACCCCGGCCAGCUGGACUUAUGUCCGCUGGUUUGACCCAAACUCCUCUUUCCAGAGGCUUGCUGGCAUUUACCUCUUCAUGAUCCUAUGGCAGCUCACCGAGUUGAACACGUUCUUCCUCAAGCACAUCUUCAUCUUCCAGGUGUCUCACCCGCUCAGCUUAGGCCGCAUCUUCAUCAUGGGGAGCAUCACUGCUCCCACCGUGCGACAGUAUUAUGCAUACUUGACGGACACUCAGUGCAAAAGAGUAGGAACGCAGUGUUGGGUGUUUGGUGCUCUGUCUUUCCUGGAAGCUCUUGCCUGUGUCAAGUUUGGGCUGGACCUGUUCUGCAAAACAUGUAUCCAAUUUGUGGUCCUAUGGCUGUUUUGUCUGGCAGUCAUAACACUGCUUUGUUUAUAUGGGAUGGUUUGGUAUGAGCAGAGGAAAAUGGAGGUCUUGAGCAACAAGCAUCGUGAUUCACACAGCCCUACUGAGCCCUGUGGUUUAAUACAAGAUGGCCUUUCAGCUAAGGAACUCCCCAACAGUACCAAACCAUCAACAGCACAAAAGAGAAACUUGAAGAAGAAGCGUACGGUUAACGACCACAGAGGGAAGAAGAUAUAGGGAGAGUGCCAGAGGUUGGGGUAUUAUGAAGUCUUGAGGAAAGAGAGUGCUGCGAAGUCACACCUAACCACAGGUAAUACACUCUUGGUAGUGUGGCAGAUGACCAAUGAAAUACAAUUUUUUGUGUCUUCCUAUCACUAACUCUUUGAUAACUAUAUAUUGGGUGAGAUAGAUUGUAAUAAUCAUAUUAAAACGUGUGAAAGAGUUAUGUAGAUUAAACAAAACACUGAAGUUCCAUGAAACAGCAUCUUGAUAUUAUUAACUUGCUAAGCACAAUCAAUCACGAUGUCACCAUAGGUGUUGUUUUUUUGCUCGUAUAUAUUUAUUUAUUUCGUACUAUGAUGCUAUGUUUGACUUACACUGAAUACUACACUGUUUUUAUAUGAGUUAGGUUGUAUUGUUUCUCUCUGAUUGUGUUAACCAAUGUUGUCAAUUCCAUGCAUAAACAAUGUUAUUUAUGUAGCAGAUUUUUUUUCCCAUGAUUGUAUUUUUUGAGGAAGUUUUAAAUGUCAAGUUGUAAAGCAAAUCCGCAAACAUCUGUAUACAUUUUUUUUUAGAUGUAUAACGUUUGAUGGUUCGUUACAGAAUAUUAUUUUUAGGUGUAAUAUUUUCAAUGUUAUUUUUUGAUUCACUGUGAUCUUUAAUAAUAAAUAUUAAAAUAAAUCUA